AUGACCAUGAACCGACUACCCUGGCUUAACAACCCAGAGGAGAUUUAUGGCUUGUGGGUCCAGAGGAUGGAUAAUGUAAGAGGCAUGCAGAAUUAUGGAGGCCAGAUCAAUGCUGUGGAGAAAGACAUAAAGGAACUAGAUUAUCAGACAGGAAAGAAGUCAGUAAAUGCCACAAGUGCAAUAAAGACUUUCAAGUCCGAUCUGGAGGCUUUGCAGCACCAGCUCAAUGAUAUUGCCAUCAGGGCGACCAAAAACAGAGACAUGCUGGAUGACCUCCAGAUCACAGGGGAUGAUAUACAAAAUGGCCACGUCUCCCUGCAGAGUUUCCUGCGAGGAAACGCUGCCUCACUGCGUGGGGUCAAUAAGACGCUGGCCAGCUACAGCAACAGGAUUGACACCCUCCAGACGGACACUGCAUGGCUCCAGUCAGAGAUACAGAGCCAUGCCAAAGAGCAGAGUCAGACCCAGGUUACUGUCAGCGCGCUGAACAUCACCCAGGCCCAGCAGCGCAAUCUUCUCAGCACGCUGCAGAAGACAGUGGAAGAUGCAAGCCAGGCAGUGCAGAAACUGAAGAAUGACUAUCAGGGUUUGCAGCAGACAGCCAGACAGACCCGAGCAGACACUGAGUGGCUCAAGGAGAGUCAGAACCUCCAGGUUUUGGCAGCCAAUAACUCUGCCUUAGCUCGGACCAACGGUGAUGCUCUGGAUGACCUGGGGGCUCAGCUCAGUACACUGGCCAGCCAGAUCCAGAACACCUCAACUCUAACUGAGGGGCAUGACCAGAGCCUUCGGGAGAUGAUGGACCACCAGCGAGACCACGACAACACCACUUCGUCCAAGUUUGACGAAAUGGAAACACGACUGGACAGGCAGGAGAACGACAUGGACCUUGUGACAGGGAAUGUGAGCUUUUCCGCACAUCUCUUGACUGUCAUCAGCACAGACCUGAAUGGACUGAGGUCCUGCGCUGAGACCGUGCUGCGACAUUCAGACCUGUUACUGGGUCUGAAUGGUAGUGUGACUGAGGCCAGGGCAGAGAGCCAGGACCUGAGAGCCCAGCAGGAUGAGCUGACAGCCAGGCUGGAUAAAGAGGUCAACAACCUAUCCAUAGUGAUGGAGGAGAUGAAGCUGGUGGACAGCAAACACACCCAGCUCAUUACCAACUUCACCAUCCUGCAGGGUCCACCAGGUCCAAGGGGGACUAAAGGUGAAAAAGGCCCCCAGGGUCCAGUGGGAACAUCGGGAAAAAAGGGUGAUAAAGGAGACAAAGGAAUGCCAGGCAUAGCAGGACCUAAAGGAGAAAAAGGUGUCAUCGGACAACCAGGUGUGACAGGUCCAAAGGGCUCAGCAGGGGCUCAUGGUCUCCCUGGAACUAAGGGAUCAAGGGGCUCCGGAGGUAGAACUGGAAGCCCUGGUGAAAAAGGUGACCCUGGAGCUUCGGGGCUUCCUGGUCUUGAUGGACAACCUGGGAUGCCAGGUCCUCUAGGGCCACAGGGGCCCCGAGGAGCUGCAGGAGCUGCAGGGGGGGAGGGGCCUCGUGGGCCUGUUGGGCCUAUCGGCCCUGCUGGUCCUCCAGGGCUUCCAGGGCUGCCUGCACCUGUACCUCCUUCAGCUUCAAAGGCACCCCAGCAUCCUCCGCCCACUCAGCCAUCAAAGAUCCCUGUUACUCCUAAACCACCUCAACCUCCCAAACCAGAAGACAAUCCACAAGGGUCCACGUCCCCGUCCCCACAGCCCCCUGUUACGGUAGCCCAAGCACCAGGCUGCCCACCUGAGUUCAAAAGGUUUGGAGACAGCUGCUAUUACUUCUCCUCCGGUCCUCAGAGACUCAACUUUGACGAGUCCUCCCAGUUUUGUUCCAAUGUGUCCUCUCAUAUGCUCAUUAUUAACGACAAUGAGGAACAGACAUUUGUGAGAAAUGCAAUUGCAGGAAAAGGUUACUUCUGGCUGGGCCUCACUGACAGAGAGGAAGAAAAUGUGUGGAAGUGGGUGGAUGGAACCUUACCUGUUUUCAAGAAGUGGAAGCCUGGCCAGCCUGAUAACUGGACCCAUGGCCAUGAAGAUGGCGAGGACUGUGCUGGUCUGAUCCAUAGCAAAGAGGGAAAGAAAAUCAAAUCUGUUGUUGUCAAUACGCCAGCAAUGCCUCUCUUCGCGACCAACCCAUUUGACCAAGAUGUUGAGAAAGCGACCAGUGAGAUGAACACAGCUGAGGACUGGGGCCUCAUUCUGGACAUAUGUGAUAAGAUAGGACAGUCACGCACUGGCCCUAAAGAAUGUCUCCGCUCCAUAAUGAGAAGAGUGAACCACAAAGAUCCCCAUGUGGCCAUGCAGGCACUGACUCUCCUCGGCGCCUGCGUCUCAAACUGUGGGAAAAUAUUCCACCUGGAGGUUUGCUCCAGAGAGUUUGCCAGUGAAGUCAGUAACGUCCUAAACAAGGGCCAUCCAAAAGUGUGUGAGAAGCUGAAAGCAUUGAUGGUGGAGUGGGCAGAGGAUUUCCGCAAUGACCCACAACUCAGUCUGAUCUCUGCUAUGAUCAAGAAUCUACGUGAGCAGGGUGUCACCUUCCCAGCUGUUGGGUCCCAGGCUGCAGAGCAAGCAAAAGCAAGCCCUGCUUUAGUAGCAAAGGAUCCCUCCACCUCAUCAAACAAAAAAGAAGAAGAAGACUUGGCCAAAGCUAUUGAGCUGUCACUGAAGGAACAGCGCCAGCAGCCGCAGACUUCCCUGUCAAGUCUCUACCCAAGCACCUCCAGCCUGCUCUCCUCACACAAAUCGGAUGGCAGGAAAGUCCGCGCCAUCUACGACUUUGAGGCGGCUGAGGAUAACGAGCUCACCUUCAAGUCGGGAGAAAUCAUCACAAUCCUAGACGACAGUGACCCUAACUGGUGGAAAGGCGAAACAUACCAGGGAGUGGGAUUGUUCCCAUCCAACUUUGUCACAGCUGAUCUCACUGCAGAGCCGGAGAUGAUGAAGACGGAGAAGAAGACAGUACAGUUUAGUGAGGACAUCCAGGUGGAGACCAUAGAGCCUGAACAGGAGCCAGUUUUUAUAGAUGAAGACAAAAUGGACCAACUGCUUCAGAUGAUCCAGAGUGCAGACCCCACAGACAACCAGUCAGACAGCGUUGAGUUACUACAGCUUGAAGGUGCCUGCAAUCAAAUGGGACCCCUCAUUGACCAGAAGUUGGAGGAUAUAGACAGGAAGCACUCGGAGCUGUCAGAGCUGAAUGUGAAGGUGAUGGAAGCUCUGUCUUUGUAUGCUAAGCUAAUGAAUGAAGAUCCGGUCUACGCCAUGUACGCAAAGCUUCAGAGCCAACAGUACUACAUGCAGCAGCCGCCAGCCAACCCAGCACAGCAGGUGUACCCAGGUCAGCCUGCAUCAGGUUCUUAUGCUAUGAGCGGCACUGCGGUGCAGGGUUACAAUGUUCCCAUGGAGCAGCUCCCACCUGGAACCCCCAUACCUGGUCAGCCUGCUCCCAGUGACGUUCAUAUGUACAUGGGCCAGCCGCCAGUCUACACAGCAGCUCCAGGCAGCAUGGCCCCAGCAGAGGUACAGUCCUACCAGAACCCAGCCUGUGCCCCUGGCCCCGCCCCAGGCACUACUCCCAUAGGCAUGACGCAGACGCCAAACUACAGCGCCCCCUCUGGGCCCAGCAUAGCACCUUCCUCAGACGCCUCACAGGCUCCCUACUCAGAGAAAGCCUUGCUAUAGGGCCCACUCCGCUCACUGUAAUCCUCAUGCAUACACACACACAUGCACCAGACCUGAUCAAACAGUGGUCACACAUCAUUUAUUUUAUUAUCAUUUAAUUGUGUUUUACCAGAAAACUUUAGAUGGAUUGAAAAAUAAACGUAGUCUCUAACAGAGUAGUCUAACUUUGAAAUUCGGCUUCCUUGAAUACACAGUUACACUUUUGUUCCAGGUUUAGAAGUGAUCAUAAAGGUGUAAAGAGCUCACGCUAAGCAUUACAAGCUCUGAAAGCAAACAUGUAUGAUAUUUUGGGAAUAUAUUUAUAUGAUUAAUUGUUAUUGUUCAGUAUUUUCACUCUGCUUCUUCGUGUCUUUACAAGACACAGAUUUCAGGACAUGCUGAAGUUUUUAAUUGCACUUAAGGUUGGAUCAACAUUUGAGUCUGAUCACUUCUAAAUCUAGAUCUGAUUGCAGUAAAUGCAUCGUCUGUUUUUAUGUGGAAGACCUUGCAUUUAUUGCUGCUUUAAUAUGACGGGACGUUUGAAAAAUUGUGGUAAUGCUUUAUUUAACGACCCUGAAGAGAGGCCAGUUCUCUGGGAAGUUAUUCCAGUUGGGCAGUAGUUUAGUUAGGUAGCAGUUGAUUUCCACAUGAAUAUCUCUGGAAAACUGGCUCUUUUUAAACCCAAGUUAAUUUGUAUUCCUUUUCCAUUUCAAAUCAGAAACCCUAAAAUUCAAAAUGAUUAUAUUGUUUGAUGUGUAAGCGAAUUAUUGUUUGCUGACUAAGCCUUUUAAAUCACACUAGCAGCUUAUUUUAUCAACAAAUUUAAGUACAUUAAUUCAACAGUGUUUUCGUGAAAUCUAUAUCAAAUAUUAAAAAUAAUAAUAAUAAUUUCAACUUCCUUUUGACUUAUCUAAAAGAAAUCUGUUAAAUAAGGUGUAACCAUAAUUUACUUUUAAGAAAACAAGUGUAACUGUAGCCCCGUCAACCUAAAGACACAAAUGAAAUAAUGUAUGCAAUUAUAAUGUGGUCAAAUGUGGAAACACAAGGCAUUCCAUCGCUCCGUUCUUGCACAAACGCACAGCAGCAGCCGUGCUCACAAACACUCACACUCUGCACAGUCCCUCAGCCAUUUGUUGUACUUACCUUUCACUCGUACACUAGAAAUCCACAAGCCACAGCCUUUUCACCCACUAAUAACAACUUCUACGCUGAUCAUGUCACACACAAAAAAAGGGUUCUCAACUUACAUUUCUUUUUCUUUUUCGUAUUAAAAAAAGGACUUUUAAUGAUGCUGAAGGGUUAGGUUACUACAUCCUGUAUAUGUCGUCAACUUUUAGAAGUACUGAAAACUGAAGCCACUUUGUUUAUGUUGGAGGGAAAGUAAACCAGAGGAGUUAAAGCAUGCACAUGACUCUUGUAUAUACUGUAAUGAAGUAGUAGUGUAGCCACAUGAUGACCUCAUGAGUGGGGCCGUAUGUUGGCACAGCUCCAAGUGUUCCUCUCAGCCUUAAAGGUGAACUCUGCAGUUGUGAUGUCCCUGCCCGGUGGAAGAGCCAAAGAGAACAAAGUGGAAAAAACUCCCUUAUACACCAGAAAACAAGACCUUUUCUUUCAUUUUUUUCUUGUAUUUAUUAACUUUUCAACCAUGAUCGACUCCUAAUUUCAUGCUGCAGAGUUUUCCUUUGUCAAAAUUAGCUCUGUCUCCAUUCAGGGGCUGUACUAACACACUCGCACCACACACUUGGUUACAAAAGGGGGGGAACUCUGAGCCGCCCCAGUGUCUUUAAAGCAUCUCUUUAGUCAGUGUUUAAAAUUGAAUACAAUGUUUUUGUAGUGCAUUUUAAUUUAUGUUUUGAUUCUUGUUAUGCUAUUUUAAAUGGAGAAGCAGUGCAGGGUGUAUGUAUUCAAAGAAAAGCAGAAUAUGUGACGUUCUGCCUGACUUAGUUGUAUAUUUAAAUUGCUCACAUAAGAAGAUGGACUCUUCUCUCUGUGUUUGAUACAUGCUUAUUGUACUGUCGGGUCAAAUGGUAAUGUGAAAAACUGAUACAACCUAGCCCCAUCCAUUUCCAGCCAUCUCUCAGAGCUGUCAAACACUAAAACAAAUUCUACCUGAAGCAGAUCUGAUGUAAGGUUUCUGGAAAAGUCCGUCAACUCUUUUCUCAAAGUCUGUUAAGGUUUUCAUUUAAAGUGACUCUGUAAAGGCAUUCAAGAUCAAAUGGUGGACAAAGACACUUCUCAUACCUUUCAUUUUGCUGCACACUACCUGUUAAAAGUUUUUGGGAAAGACUUGAUGUCUUGUUGUUCAGAUUCAGUUGAUAAAGGAGAUUUAUUUAUGUUCUGUUGUAUUGAAUGAUGCUACAUGAAGGAAUGACGACACAGAUUUAAGUCACUAGAUUUUUCCAUUGCAGGGCAAGUGUGUUGAUCUGACUGUAAAUUUGUGUCCUUUCAAUUUCUUCUGACAUACUAUGUUUGAAAUGUGCUCCUGUUUAUAAUCCCUGUGCCCCUUGAAGGCUAUAAAACAACCCCAAACUUUCUGGGACUUUGAAAAAAAAAAAGGGUUCAUUUUGUUUUCCAUAACUGGAUCAAAACAUUAAUAUAGCUGAUUCUAAGACAAGAAACCCCUCUUUCUGCCUUUGACUCAUUUUUUAGAAUGAAAUAAUCUUAAUCUUUGGAUGGAUGAGGGCUGAAAAUAUGACACGUAUAAAUAGUAGCAGCUAUUCUGGGACCAGGGAACCAGGAGCCAAUUAAUCAUCACACAUUAUUCUGACGUGACAUCCUGUAGCACCACAUGUUGGAGCUCAGCCCCCAUGUAACUUUAUUGCACAGGAUUGAGAUGCUGCCUGUUUUUAAGUUUUAAACCAACAUCUUUAUUGUAAAGGUUCUGUCUAAAACUUGUACCCUGCUGUUUGUAUGUAUUCUUUUAACCAUACUUAUUAAUUGAUAUUCACAAUAAAACCAGGCCAAAUGUACAGAAUAAGAUGAAUUGCAUUGCUGUCUUGUUUUUAGAGUUCCUUGUGGAUAAAUUAAAGUAAAAGUUCUCCUUUAGUUUGACUGGUAACCCAAAUUUCCUGGAGCUUGCUAGUUUACUCUACCCUGCCACUAGAUGGCAUCAGCAUACAGAGAGAGACGUGACAAGAAUGGAUGUUAAGAUAUUUUUAAAGUUUGCCCAACAAAUAAAGCUAUCAGUUUACUUUA